AUGGCGAUCUAUUCUAUAUUUAUAACCAUAGCAUUCUACGGAAGGGUACUGCCAUCACUUGUUUGCAGUUCGCGUAGUGUAGUGCGAUGGCUUGACACGGUGGCAUGGUUAAAGAGUAAAAGCGUGAUGGCGAUCGUUAACCUCGUGUGGUGCGCGGGCGCGGGCGACGUGCCAGGCCGUAGCUUGCAGCUGUGCGCGCACGGAGCGACCUAUGAACGC